AUGUCCAUCUUGUCGUGCCGUGUGUUGUGUCUGUUGGCCAUUGUGCUCUGCUGUGUGGAUGUGACUCAUGCUGCUGCUUCACAAAGGAGCGUAGGACAAGUGGAUGGAAAAACAGAGUUUGUGGAAAAGACCAAGAAAUUGAAGGAGGAGUGUGAGAAGGCCACCAAGGAUGCUAAAGAGGCCGCGUAUGCAGCUCAAGAAUUUUUUGAUACCACUAAGGUUAAACUCAAAAUAAUUGCUGCUAACCCAAAUGAGGUGGAGGAAACGAAGAGUAAAGGUCAUGAACUCAGUGAAAAGGCAAUGAAGGCUGCAAAGAAAGCAGGAGAAGUGGCCGAACAAACGACAAAGAGGAUACCUGAAACUAAAGAGCUAGUCCGUAUUUAUUUGACGGGAGAACAAGCUGAGGCAGCUAAUGAAGCAAUUAAAGAGGCAGAAAAAGCGGCACUUGAUGCUGAACAACAUGCCGAAAAAGCGGUAAAGCUUGCUUAUCUUGUAUUGGAACUCCUACAGCAACUCGAUGCCGCAGUUGUUGCUGCCAAAGAGAAGGAGGAAGAAAAACAGGUGGAGCCUCAAACACAGCCACAGGAACAGACAAAUGAAACAUCUCGUCUACCCAAUAAUGCUACAAUAACGAAUGGCACCAAACGAAAUGACGGCAGCAGCAGCCCUGCGUUACUGCGUGUUCCACUCGUGCUGCUGCUGCUGCUCUCUGUGCUGGGCUGCAUGGCCGUGUGCUGA